AUGGCCGCACCGCCCCUCCGCGCCAUUGGAGCAGGCGCAGCCCCGCCCUCGAGCCCAUUGGAGCAGGCGCGGCCCUGCCCUCUCGAUUUCUAUUGGUGUAGGUGCUACCACGCCCCUCAGCCCCAUUGGCUUAGAAGCAGGCCCUCGCCCGUCCUUCGAUCGCGAAAUCCCGGCGUGCUCGCGCCUGCACACUUACGGGCAAUCGCGCUCCCGCCAGCCACCCCUCCCCCCACCCGCCCCGCGAUGCCGCGCCGCAAGCCGGCGUCAGGCGGUGUGACUACUGCAGGCCCGACACCAGGGAGGCAAGCCGUUUUGAGCCGGUUCUUCCAGCCGGCGGGAAGCCUGAAAGCUACCUCAUCCCCGACCAGCGCCGCCGACCAAGCGGACCCUGCCUCCACAGCGCCCCCUGCGUCCACCGCACCCGCUGCGUCAGCGCCGCCUCAAGCUGCAAAACCUGACAGAAGAAAGAGGAGACCAGCGGAGAGUGCCCUGCCUGUUAAGAAAGUGAGGAAAACCCAGGAACAGGAAGGCGGAGGGGGCCUGGCGCCAUCUGUUGAGGCCGAACCAAAGCGAUGUCUGAGGACCAGGAUUGCUUUACAGUCUUUGGAAAAACUGAAAGAAUUCUGCUGUGAUUCUGCCCUCCCUCAAAAUAGAGUCCAGACAGAACCUCGUCAGGGGGGAUUUGCAGUUCUACCAAAAUGUACUGAUUUUGAGGACAUCAGUCUUCAGCGUGCAAAAAAUGCCAUUUGCUCCGAAGAUUCCAAAUCGAAAAGUGAUCAAAAGGUCAGUGAAUUUGGGCCGUCACAAGGGCGUCCUGAGAGUUUCCAGAAGCCGUCUGACCCUAAAGCAGUCAACAAGCGCUCCAAGAGCGUGUACACGCCGCUGGAGCUGCAGUACCUGGAGCUGAAGGAGCAGUACCCCGACGCGAUCCUGUGCGUGGAGUGUGGAUACAAGUAUAGAUUCUUCGGGGAAGACGCAGAGGUCGCUGCCCGGGAGCUCAACAUCUACUGCCACCUGGACCACAGCUUCAUGACGGCCAGCAUCCCCACGCACAGGCUCUUCGUGCACGUGCGCCGCCUUGUGGCCAAGGGCUACAAGGUGGGGGUCGUGAAGCAGACAGAAACGGCGGCUCUGAAGGCGGUCGGUGACAGCAGAGGCUCCCUCUUCGCCCGGAAGCUGACCGCGCUCUACACGAAGUCCACGCUCAUCGGGGAAGAUGUGAACCCGCUGGUCAAGCUGGAUGAUGCCGUCAGCAUGGAGGAGGUAAUGACUGACACUUCUACUGGGUAUCUCCUGUGCAUCUGCGAAGGCGAGGAAGGCAUUAAGGACAGGAGAAAGGGCAGCGUUUUCAUCGGCCUGGUGGCCGUUCAGCCCGCCACCGGGGAGGUGCUGCUGGACAGUUUCCGGGACACCGUGACCCGCUCGGAGCUGGAGACACGGGUGUGCAGCCUGCAGCCCGCCGAACUGCUGCUCCCUGCAUGCCUGUCGGAGCCCACGGAGGCACUGGUGUGCAGAGCCAUGGCUUCAAGUGUGCGGGAUGACAGGAUUCGCGUGGAGAGGAUGGACAAUGUUUAUUUUGAACACAGCCACGCUUUCCAGGCAGUCACGCAGUUCUAUGCAAAGGAUCCAGUUGGGUCUCAAGGUUUUUCUGGCAUCAUUAAUUUGGAGAAACCUGUGAUCUGCUGUUUGGCUGCUAUAAUAAGAUACCUGAAGGAGUUUAACUUGGAGAAGAUACUCUCCAAACCUGAGAACUUGAAGCAGCUGUCAAGUGAGCUGGAGUUAAUGACGGUGAACGGAGCCACCCUGAGGAACCUGGAAAUCCUCCAGAAUCAGACUGACGGGAAGACCAGAGGAAGUUUGCUUUGGGUGUUAGACCACACAAAAACUGCGUUUGGAAAACGGCAGCUCAAGAAGUGGGUGACCCAGCCACUCCUUAAAGUAAGCCAGAUCAACGCCCGGCUGGACGCCAUCUCUGAGGUGCUGUACACAGGGUCCAGCGUGUUGGGUCAGAUCGAAAGCCAGCUGCAGAAGCUACCUGACCUGGAGCGGGGCCUCAGCAGCAUUUACCACAAAAAAUGUUCCACCCAAGAGUUCUUCCUGAUCGUCAAAACCCUGUGUCACCUGAAGUCCGAGUUACAAGCUUUGACACCUGCGGUGAGUUCGCACGUACAGUCAGACUUGCUCCAGGUGUGUAUUUUAGAAAUCCCGGAGCUGCUCAAUCCAGUGGAACACUACUUGAAGAUACUUAACGAACCAGCUGCCAAGAUUGGGGAUAAAACUGAAUUAUUCAAUGACCUUUCCAACUUCCCUAUAAUAAAAGAGAGGAAGGAUGAAAUUCAAGAAGUCACUGUUAAGAUCCAAACACAUUUGCAAGAAAUACGAAAAAUCCUAAAAAACCCAUCAGCACAGUACGUGACAGUUUCAGGACAGGAGUUCUUGAUUGAAGUAAAGAACUCUGCAGUGUCAAGCAUACCAGCCGACUGGGUUAAGAUUGGAAGCACGAAAGCCGUGAGCCGCUUCCGCCCGCCGCUAGUCAUGGAGAACUACAGACACCUGCAGCAGCUCCGUGAACAGCUCGUCCUGGACUGCGGUGCUGAGUGGCUGCGCUUUCUCGAGAGCUUCAAUGAACACUGUCACUCUCUGUGCAAAGCAGUACGUCACCUAGCAACCGUUGAUUGUAUUUUCUCCCUGGCCAAGGUCGCUAAACAAGGCAAUUACUGCAGGCCAACUCUGAAAGAAGAAAGGAAAAUCCUAAUCAAAAAUGGAAGGCACCCAGUGAUUGAUGUGUUGCUGGGAGAACACGACCAGUAUGUCCCCAACAGCACCUCUCUGUCAGAGGACUCGGAGAGAGUCAUGAUCAUCACUGGCCCCAACAUGGGUGGGAAGAGCUCCUACAUCAAGCAGGUAGCCCUGAUCACCCUCAUGGCCCAGGUGGGCUCCUAUGUCCCUGCAGAGGAAGCGACCAUUGGCGUUGUGGAUGGCAUUUACACAAGGAUGGGCGCCGCAGACAAUAUCUAUACAGGGCGGAGCACCUUCAUGGAAGAGCUGACAGACACCUCAGAGAUCAUCCGCAAAGCCACCGCGCGCUCCCUGGUGAUCCUGGACGAGCUGGGCAGGGGGACGAGCACACAUGAUGGGAUCGCCAUUGCCUAUGCCACGCUGGAGUACUUCAUCAGAGACGUGAAAGCCCUGACCCUGUUCGUCACCCACUACCCCCCAGUGUGCGAGCUGGAGCGGAGCUACCCGGGCCAGGUGGGGAAUCACCACAUGGGCUUCCUGGUAACCGAGGCCGAAGGCGAGACAGACCCAGGCAAGGAGGAAGUCCCUGAUUUUGUCACUUUUCUCUAUCAAAUAACCAGAGGAAUUGCAGCGAGGAGUUACGGCCUAAACGUGGCCAAGCUAGCAGAUGUUCCUGGAGAAAUCCUGAAGAAAGCAGCUCUCAAGUCCAAAGAGCUGGAAGGAUUAAUAAACACGAAAAGGAAAAGGCUGAAGUCUUUUGUGAAACUCUGGACGGUGCACGAUGCAACAGACCUGCGGGCAUGGAUGGAUGAGGCGGCCGUAGGAGCUGGGGAGACACAGGCCUCUCUUCCCCACUGAUGUGGACUGUGGAAGAGGCACCGGCCUGGCGGGUCCUCCGGGAAGCGGCACUGGGGUUUCCUCUGUGACGGAAGCCCCUGGACAGCGGUCUCCCAAGUGGAACCCUUACGGUGGAGCCAGAAGUGGUGGCUGCAGUGCUGCACCCUUGACAGUGACACAGAGUAUAGUUUCUGUUCUCUUGGCACUAAGAGAAUCUUCAAAGCCAGCAGCUUCCUCAUCAUGCGUGUAAGAGGUUUUAACAGAAACAGAAUUAUGAAGCCUUUAGGGACCAGAGCCCUGCCUGGGAGGAGCGAGAUCCUAUGAAAUGUGCAGAGAUAAGCGUCAGUGUGGUUUUAAGCAGUUCAGAUGCUGUGGAGAGGAAUGACUCUGGCCUUCCUUGACGUAAUAAAUAUUUAAUGUGCA